GCUUUUUCCAUCCAUCAACAUCCACCAUCCAGUCCUCGGAGCUUGGUCAAAAUCCUCCUGCGGUCACGUGACUCCGGGAUGAGCCAGAUUAACGGCUCCCUGUUUUGCCAGGAGUCCACUUGCUGAAACAGGCGAACAUCGGUUCAAACGCACGCUGGAUGUGGCCGUCCUAGCACCAAGGACGUCGACUAUCCUGUCUUCUCUUUUUUUUUUCUUCCCGGACAUUGUACACUUGAAUAAUUCAUUUUUUAAAAGGCAGCAUUCAUGAAAUAGCUUGAAAACCGUAGCAGGUUAAAAGAUGAUUUCGCCGUGGGACCGGUGGUACUCGACGAGCUGCUGCCUUUGCUGCCAUGUACGGACGGGCACCAUUAUUCUGGGAAUAUGGUAUAUGCUCAUCAAUGCAGUGGUCUUACUCAUCUUGCUGUCUGCUCUCAAUGACCCAAUUCAGUACCGAUACCACCUUACCAGCUCCGAGCUGGGAACUGACAUUGAUGUCAUGGACGAUGCAAAUAUCUGCAUAGCCACUGCAAUAUCCCUACUCAUGAUUCUUAUAUGUGGUAUGGCAACCUAUGGUGCUUACAAGCAACACGCUGCUUGGAUCAUUCCAUUCUUCUGCUACCAAAUCUUCGACUUUGCCCUUAACACACUGGUAGCUAUUAGCGUGGUGGUUUAUCCCAACACAGUGCAGGACUACCUCCAGCAGCUGCCGGGGACAUUCCCUUACAAGGAGGACAUCAUGUCCACCAACAACAUGUGCCUAGUUUUCGCAGUCCUCCUCUUCAUUGGCUGCAUCCUCUCCUUCAAGGCCUACCUGAUUGGCUGCGUGUGGAACUGCUACAGAUACGUGAGUGGCAGGGGCACCACAGAGGUCCUGGUUUAUGUCACCACCAAUGACACCACGGUUCUGCUGCCACCAUACGAGGAAGCCAUUGCCAUCCCACCCAAGGAGCCUCCUCCCCAGUAUAUGGAGGCAUGAGAGCCGUCCUCACUGCUGGAUCCUAUACCCCAAACACCCCCAAAUACCCCUUACUCCCCCCUCCCCCCUCCCAACACUUACCACAUCGGUCUCCAACAGUAGGACACUGACUCUGGCUGGAACAUGUUGACAAACCAAGGCAAAACAAUGUCAUAGAUGCUGGUUUCAGCUUGGAUUCCUGCCAGCUGUAUAUUAGAUUAGGCUGAUCCUGAGCCAGUUUUGCCCAUCAGCCCCACCCCACCCCACCCCCCACAAUCACCCCUGGUUGUUGUGACGUAUUGUCCUCCCCCUCUCGUCUCUUCUGUCCUCCUCAAAGGACAAUAUCUCUGCAACUUCUGAGACCGCUAUCCCCGACCAUCAGCAAUGACAGCCCCUCCCUGUUGGCAGCUGCUCAUCCACCCUGGUAGCAUUUUAACUCUUACACGCCCUGAACACUCUGUCCCGACUUAAUUUGCACUUUUCUUUGAGUGAAACGUGCACCCACCAGUCCGGCCACCAACUGUUAACCUUCCCAAUACUGUGAAUCUCCCUCAUGGUCUUUGUCUAGAAACAAAAACUACCUGAAGAGAGAUAGCGACAAAGAGAGAGAGAGAGAGAGAGAGAGAGAGAGAGAAGGAAAGCGACAUACGUGAUCAGUUAUGCAAGAGCACUUUUUUCAGAAAUUGACAAAUUUCCUUCAUUGAAUGUAAUGUUGGGGUAUUUUUGUAUGAUCUUUUUGUAUAACAGUAAAAAAAAACUGAGAGAAAAAGAAGUGAAUAGCGAAAGACUGUCCUGCUGUGAUUAUAUAUCAUCUGUGUAUCGAUGUAGCUCGUCCUGCAGGAAAUCGUUUUGAAAAAGGUUCCUCGACCAAUAACAACUACGUCUUCCUUUUGUGUCCAUGUAUCACACUGUCUCACUGUUCACCCAUUGAUUUCAGUCCAGUCACAGUUUAUUCCAGUUUGCCUUCCUGCCCCCUUUUCCUGACAUGAACUCCGAGAUCUCAAAAGACUGGCAUUAAUGUAAUGAAGCACUUAUCACAAACCAUACAUGCUUUACACAGUCACACACUACAGAUUCACAUCCAAACAGGCAAUACACGUCAAAAGUAAAAAGUGUUAACGUGUGGAAAUGUUUCAGCUGAGAUGUCUGUUUUGUGUUUCCACCGGGUUGCAGAUGCAACAGCAUUGACUGUGACUUUAUUGUUUGUUUGUUUGUUGUUUUUUUUUUAACAUGGAUUACAGUGUAUAAUCUAAUGUUUGAGUUGAGCUAACUUAGCUGGACUGAGGGGCAUUUUCCUAUAAAGACGCCGUGACGUGCUGCAGUACAUGCAGAGACUGUAUGCGUGUGUAUGUUUGUGCGAUUGUGUGUAUCCGCUUGCCUGCGCGCUGUGUGUGGCAUUAUGAUGUAACUUCUAGGUCCUUUAUAUGUAGGAACAUGUCUUUUUUUUUUUCUUUUUGCACAUGCAGUGAUAUCAUGUUGAGAUAUUUUCUGUGCUUGUGACCUUUUUGACAUUGAGGAUGGAUGGGGAUAUAAAGCAUUGAUUUAGCAUUGCAGAAUAGCACAAAAUCAAUAAUAUAUGAAGCUAGUUAAACAGUGUAAAUGCUUGUCUUUUGCCUAGAACUGUUCAGGCAAUCAGUUGAGCAUUAUUAGAAACAAGAAUGGAACAAAUAAUAAUCCUGUUCUUUCCCAUAAUUCCCAAGUAGUAUUUGUUAUCAACUUAAAAAAGAACACAAUAAACCAGAGUUACAGACUAUGCAAUAGUGCAUUCAAUGACUUGUUAGAUGUGGAAAUACACAUACCAUGACGUAGUGUUCCAUUUGAUACUAUUACUGUAGUUGAUAAUAUAGCCCUUUGUUGGUCCCUUCAUCAUCGUCCCCGUGUGAAGUAUGACCACUGCUUCUGCAAAUCCAACAAAGCUGAAAAUGAAAUUGCACUUUAAAUGUCAGCGUGAGCUCACUGCAAACCAAUGUGUUUGUGUUUUCUUCAUCUUUACCAUGCUAUGCUGCAGUUAAGUGGUUCUAAUAACGAUUGGCCGUCCACACCUGGACGAUACGAGCUCAAGCAAAUCAAUAUUUACACUGUGCGAUGAGACUGAAAAGCUGCAGAGCCGAUGGAUUCUCACGUGAUUCUGAGCCGAUUCGAGGAAAAAAAAACUUGUGUCUGGACGAGUGGACGGCUGAUGCCUCAUUUUAUUAGAAUCACUUGACUGUUCUCCAUCGCUUUUCAAUCACACACAUCUUCUUGUUGGAUCUGCAUGAGCUCAUGUCUUCAAUUCUGAAUAAUAAAAAGCAAAAUCUA